AUAUUGACAUCUAUUGUCAAAGUGGCAUGGCCAGUGUUCACUUUUCACGUGUUUGUGUUAUUUUUAAUUAAUGAAUUCUUACAUUAUUAAGUGAAAAUGAAGCAUAAAAGGUUCGAAGAGAAUAUACUGGUUGACGAGGCUUACACAAAUUACGGCCAGCCCGAUAAAAAUGCCGAUUCAAAGAAGAGCCAAGGUAUUGCGAAGCAUUUCGCUGAAACUUUGGAAUAUGAAGACAAAAAGAAAUGGUAUCAUCAGAUGCCAGAAGAGCCCACUACAGUAACAAAGACUUUAACACAAGAUCAGAUUGAAGAAGUGAGGAAGGAAGCCAGCAGUGCUUUACAUGGUGACACCAUGGCUUAUGAGACAAAAUCAAGCAGAAGUGGAUCAUCAGAUCAUCAGUGGGCUAGAACACUGCUCAACAAGGGAGCCAUAGGAGAUAGAGUGGCAGCUGCUACCAUAUUGAUACAAGACAAUCCAAUAUACAAUCUGACAGCAUUAAGAAAUCUGAUUAACAAUGUGAAGCCUGCUAAAAAGAAGGAUGGUAUUAUUAUCAUAGAUGCAUUAUCAGAACUUCUAAUAUCCGAGUUACUGAUACCCGACGUGAAGCUACGUACCUUCGACCAGCAUCCGCUCGGCCACGUAGAUGAAAUGACUUCAGGCAAUAAGCAGGCCAGACGCAAUGUACUCAAGAUCUGGUACUAUGAGGAUCAGUUGAAGGAGUUGUAUGGGACAUAUGUGGAGGCAUUAAAUAAAUUCGCUCAUGAUUCAGUGGAAGCGAAUAAAGAGAAAGCUGUGAGCGCCAUGUCUUACUUGUUGAUGCAUCACCCUGAAAGAGAAAAGAUGCUGUUAUCGAACAUAAUCAACAAGCUGGGAGAUCCGUCGCAGGGUGUUGCGUCCAAAGUGAUCUACCAUCUCUGUCAGCUGUUGUUUAACCAUCCGAAUAUGAAGGCGGUAGUGCUUGCUGAUAUUGAAAAGAUGCUGUUCAGAACAAACAUAUCACCUCGAGCUCAGUACUACGGUGUAUGCUUCCUGAACCAGUUCUACCUGGGUAAAGACGACUCCAAGAUAGCUGAGAACCUCAUCAGGAUAUACUUCUCGUUCUUCAAGGCUUCUAUUAAGAAGGGCGAGAUCGAUUCCCGCCUAAUGUCGGCGAUCUUAACAGGGGUGAAACGUGCAUACCCCUUCGCAAACAAGGACCGCGUCACCGACAGCGCCGCCCACGUGUCCGCCAUACACCGCCUCGUGCAUCUAGCCGGCAUCAACAUCGCUAUACACGCGUUAGCGCUGCUGUAUCAUAUAUCUGACGCGUCUAAGGGCUCUGCUGAUCGCUACUACACCGCCCUCUACCGCAAGCUAACAAACGCAGAAAUAUUCAACACAACCCACUCAGCGUUACUAUUCUCUCUCAUAUACAAAUCUCUGAAACGCGAUACGAAUAUACCUCGCGUGACGUCGUUUAUCAAGCGCUUGUUACAACUGUGCUGUUAUAUGACGCCGGCGCAAGCUUGUGGGAUGCUGUUCUUGAUAUCUCAAGUGUUGAAAGAUGGGGAGAAGAAAGAUGCUGUGAAGCUGGUUUGGACUAAGAGGGAGAUUAAAGAGGAAAUAAAAGAAGAGUCACCAGACCAAGAAGAUCAAGAAGAGAAUCCAGAAGACUCUAUCACAGAAGUAAACAAUACAUUGGACAGCACAGAGGAUGAUGAAGUUAAAGUUGAACAAAAGAGAGUGGAUUUAUUGAGGGGAGAUAAGAAAGAUCUCUUGUUAGAUGACGACGAAGAAGAAACAUACGUGGACCUCAAAAUAGAUGACCAGGGCAACAUAAAGCCGAAGAAACGUAAGCAAGGACCCGUCACCGCCGGCUGGUACCACGCCAAGGUGAAGACUGAACUGCCCAAACCUGAUGAUGAUGAUGACAAGGAGACAGCCGCUAAGAUUCAGCUCAAGAAGUCGGUUAAUAUGGAUAAGGAAAUAACGGAAUACAACCCGUUGGCCCGCAACCCGUCGUUCGCGGGUGCACAGUGUUCUGCCUAUGUAGAAUUACGUCCGCUCGCUCAACACUACCACCCCACCGUCAAACUGUUUGCUGAUAAACUUAUGCAUGAGCAAAUCAUCCAAUACAGUGGGGAUCCUCUCAAAGACUUCUCGGGCAUCCGUUUCCUGGACCGCUUCGUGUUCAAGAACCCGAAGAAGCGAACUGAUAUGCAGCAAGAUGAUGGCGUCAAGAAGGUUAAGGGUAGCCAUCCUAAGUUUGCUGUUAGAAAGAAUUAUACUGCUAAAGGACUAAAGAGUAUACCAGUGAACUCGGCGUCUUAUCUUAAUGAGGACGCUAGCAAAGUGCCCGUGGACGAACGGUUUCUAUACGAUUUCUUACAAAAGCGUCGUAACGCGGACAAUUCGGAUGAUGAUGACAGCGACGCGGAUUCCGUCAACAGUGAGGACUUCGAGCAGUAUCUAGAUAGCGUUACUGGAACUAAGGCUGCCGAGGAAUCAGACGACGAGCUAGACUACUUAGCAGACAUGGCCGCCACUAAACAGAAGCGCGGCAAUAAGAAGCAGGACGAUGAUGAUGAUGAACUGGGCAGUGAUGAUGAUGAUGAUGGUGAAGAAGAAGUUGGCGGUGAUGGGGAUGAUGAUGCGGGCAGUGAUGGCGAACUCAACAUAUCUGGUGAUGAGGAUGAACCAGCACUUUCUGGAGAGGAAGACGAGCUGCUCCUAGAAGACAGUGAUGAUGAAGAUGACAAAAUCGAUGUUCCCGGCGCUAAAGCAAAGAAAGGAAAAGGCAAAUUCAAGCUAAAAGGUACAGACGACCUCGGCUCCCUUUUCGCAUCGGCAGAAGAAUUCUCAACACUCCUAGAAGAUACGGCCACAAACAAGAAGCAAGGCUCAAGUCAAGCAGUAGCCAACACAGACAACGCUAGCACAAAACAGCUCGCUUGGGAAGAUAAACGAGACAAAUGGAUCAAAGGAUACAACAGAAAAAUACUAGGAAAUAAAGGAAACAAUAAAAAGUUCAAAAAUAAGAAAAACUUCAACAAAUCUGACAAAAAAGGCUUCAAACCUGAUAAGAAAGGUCCUAACAAGAUGGCGGCCGGCGGGAAGAGAAAAGGCGGGAAACCUGACGGCGCUGGCGGUAAAAAGAAGAGGAUGAAGUGAUUUGCUUGUAAAUUAAAGUCUCUGUAUCGUUA